AUGUUGUGUCUCAUCCUAACUCUUGUUGCUGCGGCUUCGGCCUUCCCAAAGAACCCUGUUCCAGCUCUGUUUGAGCCCAUCCCCAGGGAGCUGAUUGUCAAUGGAGAGAUUGCCACACAGCACGCCUGGCCAUGGCAGUUGUCCCUGAGGACCACUGGCCACAUCUGCGGAGCCAUCAUCACAGAUGCUACCUGGGUCACCACUGCAGCUCAUUGUGUCAACAACUUUGGAUAUGAGAUUGUUGCUGGUGCUCACGAAAGAAACUGUGAUUCUUGCACAGGGGCUGAACAGGUCAUAGAUGUUGCAAAUGUUUACCAGCACCCUGACUUUAUCCAAGAUGGAUCCAUUGGCUUCCCUAACGACAUUGCUCUACUGGAAUUGGCAAGCCCCAUUAACCUUGAUGGCAGGACUGCUCAAGCUAUCCAAAUUGCCAGUGGCAACACUGAUUUUGCAGAUACAGACUGCACCAUCACUGGAUGGGGUGACACCACUCCAGGAGGAGGAGUCUCUGCAACCUUUUUGAAGCAGGCAACUCUCCCAAUCCUUGCCCCUGCCGUAUGCCAAGCUGCCUGGGGACAGGCUGACGCUGCCAUGCAUAUCUGUAUCAUGGAUGUUGAAAAUGGUCAACAGGGAUCUUGCCAGGGUGACUCUGGUGGCCCCAUGAACUGCAGAGAGGGAGGAAACUAUGUGGCUGCUGGAGUAACUAGCUGGGGAGUAGUAGGAUGCCUUGGAAUGCCAAGUGUUUACGUCAGAACCUCAACCUACAGAAGCUGGCUGUGCUCUACCAGUGGUGGUGCAGUUGCAUGUUAG